AUGGAGGACACCCCUGAUACAAAGAAGAAGAGAUUUCAAGGUCCGUGUCACAAAGAAUCUACUCCCAAAGAAGGAAAUGAAGACGGUGUUGACCAUAUAAGCGGCCUUCCCAACGACAUCCUAGGUGAUAUUAUCUCCCUCCUUCCUACCAUGGAUGGUGCAUGUACAAAGUGUCUAUCUUCUACGUGGAGCCAGCUUUGGUUCACCGCCCCACUUAAUUUUGACUAUUGUGACCUCCAAGAUCCCAACGAUGAUAAAGACCUUUCCCCCACCCUUAAUGGGCUACAAGAUCUUGAGUUCCACAUCCCAGAAGUUGACUUUACAUUGUCAUUAUAUCCCCCACCAUCAGCAUCCAUCUUUCGCUUCUCAUCCACACUCCGUAUUGUCUCCUUUGGUGGAUGCCGCCUCCCAGAUAUCAUGGUCAAUAAGCUCCAAUUCCCCAACUUCCAGCAGCUUGCACUCUUUGAUGCUAUUAUCUCCGAGGAGACCCUGCAUGCCAUGCUUGAUAGUUGCCCCGCACUCGAGAUCUUGCUGAUGAAAUACCAUGAAGGGGAGCUCAUUAUUGAGGAUGCCCCAUUACUUGAGAGGUUUAUCAUUUUUGAGCGAUAUAGUAGGUUGCACAUAUCGGUGGUCUCAGCACCAAAGCUGGAAACCCUUGGCUGUAUUUUUGAGAAUAAUAACAAGACAAAGCUCACUCUUGGAUCUAUGACUUUUCUGGAGAAGCUGUACAUCCAGCUGGGCACAACAGAACAAUUAGAAUUUGUGACAUUCUUUGUGGAGAAUGCAAGAAUGCUUGAGUCUAUGAGUUUUUGGUCCCAAGUUGUUUCUACCUGUGACAAGAAGCUGGAUAAGAAGGCAGCAGAGACAGCUCAAGCUGGACAAGAGGCCUUCCAGAGGUCCUACAUUUACUUUCAUAGAGAAUCAAUGCCACCACAAUAUGAUACAUGUUUUAUGGGCCAGUGA